UCUCGUCCCCUCCCCUCCUUCUCUCCGUCGUUUGAAAAUACCAAGAGUGUUGUGCGCCAGUGUGCGGAUGUCAUGAUGUGCAAGCUGGACCCAUACGUUCCACAAACUUCAAAGAGAGGAUACGCAGAGUUAAACAUUUAGAACUAUCGCCACCUCGUCGGUUUUCACUUUGGUUCCAGUUCUUGUCUUGGGUUUUAAUUUUCCGAUCGACUGUUAAUACAAGUGCCAGGUUUAUUGUCCUUAUUCCAACUGAGUUUUUUCACGUGGUGUCCAGUUGGGAUUGCGCGUGGGGGAGCGGGACACAACUGUCACGGACUGUAAUCGGUGUCUCGCGCUGUCAAAGACAUGCCGGCUGGGUUUCAACAGCUCGGAGGGGAGACAGUGACCGGAACCCUUGCUCUCUCAGUGUUCACCGCUGUAUUGGGCUCCUUUCAGUUUGGAUACAACAUAGGUGUCAUCAAUGCUCCUCAGAAGAUCAUUGAGGCGGACUACAACGCUACAUGGGUGCAUCGGUAUGGAGAGCCCAUCCCCAACAGUACCCUCACAACCCUCUGGUCCCUGUCCGUAGCCAUCUUCUCUAUAGGAGGCAUGAUCUCCUCCUUCUGUGUGGGUGUCAUCUCAGAGUGGCUGGGCAGGAGGAAAGCCAUGCUCAUUAACAACUUGUUUGCCUUCAUCGGAGGAGGUUUGAUGGGCAUGGCCAAGAUCAGCCGGUCCUUCGAGAUGAUGAUUCUGGGACGAUUCGUCAUCGGUGCAUACUGUGGGUUGGCAUCGGGGCUGGUGCCCAUGUAUGUGGGUGAGAUAGCCCCUACCAGUCUGCGAGGGGCAUUGGGCACGCUCCACCAGCUGGCUAUCGUCACAGGGAUUCUCAUAGCACAGGUCCUGGGUUUGGAGUCUUUGCUGGGCAGUGAGGAGUUGUGGCCAGUGCUGGUGGGUGUGACCGUUCUGCCCACCGUCCUGCAGAUGGUGCUGCUGCCCUUCUGCCCCGAGAGCCCCCGCUUCCUCUACAUCAUCCGCAGCCAGGAGCACCACGCCAAGAGUGGCUUGAGGAGGCUGACUGGGAGACAGGAUGUGGGGGAUAUGCUGGCGGAGAUGAAGGAGGAGAAGAGGAGGAUGGACAUGGAGAGGAAGGUGUCCAUCGCAGAGCUCUUCCGCUCCCCCAUGUACCGGCAGCCCAUCAUCAUCGCCAUCCUACUGCAGCUCUCACAACAGCUGUCCGGGGUCAAUGCUAUCUUCUACUACUCCACCAGUAUCUUCCAGAAGGCAGGGGUCCAGAGCCCUGUCUAUGCCACUAUAGGAGCCGGCGUGGUUAACUGUGCCUUCACCGUGGUCUCGCUAUUCCUGGUGGAGAGGACGGGUCGCCGGACGCUACACAUGCUGGGGCUGUCUGGAAUGUGCGGCUGUGCCGUUGUCAUGACGAUGGCUCUCGCCCUAUUGGACAGUGUUCCCUGGAUGAGCUACAUCAGCAUGCUGGCCAUCUUUGGCUUCGUGGCCUUCUUCGAGGUGGGCCCCGGCCCCAUCCCCUGGUUCUUUGUGGCUGAGCUCUUCUCCCAGGGCCCCAGGCCCGCUGCUAUGGCCGUGGCCGGAUUCGCCAACUGGACAGCUAACUUCAUUAUCGGCUUUGGCUUCCAAUAUGUCGCUGAGCUUUGUGGGCCAUACGUCUUCCUCAUCUUCGCCGCUCUCCUGCUCUUCUUCCUCAUCUUCACCUUCUUCCGGGUGCCGGAAACGCGGGGGAAGACGUUCGACCAGAUCUCCACCGCCUUCAGCCAACACUCGCCCACCAUGAUGGAUAUGAACCUGGACAUGGAGCUGGGCAAACCCAGCACAGAGCUGGACUACCUGGGGGAGGAGGGGAGCCUCAACUGAGGGGGUCCCCAUAGUGCAACUGGGGAAGGCAGGCAGACGAGGCCAGACAGACUGUGUGGUGGUGGGGGUGGGCAGGGGAAGGGGGUAGAGGAGUAGAAAAGGAUACUGGGAGUGGGCUUGGGCCUCAUUCCAAACAUCCUUUCACUGUUUAUCAAUUUGUGUCUAGGCAUAUCGAGUAGGGAAGGAGGGGGGAGGGUUGGUCGAGGGAUAGGGAGGUGGAAUCUGUUUGGAAUGGGGCCCAUAGUUGAUGCAAUAGCUGCCACUGGGGAAUUACAUGAGUGAGAAAUGUUGGCAGAAUCAGGGGUUGCAGGAGUCGAUUCAAGGAAAAGGUUGCGCAACAUUACGAAGCAUUGUGCCAACUGAACACACACCAGAAAGGGUGAAGGGUCAGUGGGGUGAUCAGGAACAAGAAUGUUUCUGAACUUUGAGGUGUGUUUACUCCCUCCCCCCCAGGUGUACAUGUACUGAUGGGGUGGAGAUUUGAUUCUGUGAGACUGCACAGAUGUUCGAUGGAGGGAAAGAGAAUUGGAGAAACUGGUAUUCCUGCACUUUAUCUACAAAGACAUCGGAGGUUUUCAGAGAUUGAGAGAAGCUGGUUACAAUAGGAAAACAGCCAGUGUAAAAACCAUGUACCUUUUUACAGUGAGCAAAGUUAUGGUGUGUGGCAGACUGAUGUAUGAUUUUAUUUCUGCUCAAGUUAAUGGAAGUGUCAGUGUCUCAUAGUUGGCUAACCACUCCACUGCUAACAACCCACUUCCCCAUUGGAAGUGUCCUUAAACUUGAUUUCUCAAAAUGGUGGAUGGCUUUAACAUGCAACUCAUUACACAGCCUACAGAGACUAUACUUUUACUUAGAGGAAAUCCUGUAUUUAGUACUUAAUGUAUAUCGUGUUCUGGUUUGCUUGACAAAAACAAAAAAUGGUACGAGGGUCUACAAAUACUCAAACUUUACGCAGUCCAAUAUACGAGUACGUCUUUGGUUUCUAUAUGGGACCGGGCCCCAAGUGAGCACUACUAGUAUUCAUCAUUCUAGUAGUUUCCAAAAAGUAGUCCUACUUCUGUUGAUAUGGCAACAGGCCUCGGUUUGAUUGCUACCGUAGUAGCCAUCCAUCCCUAAACUACUAUGUGUGUGCUGUUUGCUGUCCAUUCUGUACUGGUUUGAGUGACUGUCUUCGUGAAGAUUUGUAUUGAGCAACUGUACGAAGAGGACCUGUGAUUUAUGUGAAGUGUGAAAAUUGAUGCAGUGUUUUGACGUGGUUCGUGUGACAAUUGUCCCCAUUUGACAAACACGGGCAUUUUGAGGACUCAACAUUUCAGAGUGUCAUUUCAUUAAUUAGCAUCCCCAGAAAUGUGUCAAAUUACAUUCAAAUAAGCUAUAUCAAAUAUACUGCAACUUAAUUCAUGUUAUAGUUUAGAUCAAACGUAUGACUGAGGCUCCUGUUCUAGAUGCUGCUGGAGUCUGAGUUGAAGAAAUUAAAAUAAUUUAACUCCA